AUGGAUAUGGGAUCAAUGACGACGUCCGGCACCAUGAACAUGGCAACCCCGACUAUGACUGCUGCUGCAUCGUCGUCGAGUACUGCCUCGAUGGAUAUGGAUAUGGAUAUGGAUAUGGGGGGAGGUUGUCAGAUUAACAUGCUCUGGAACUGGUAUACAGUUGAUGCCUGCUUCAUUUCUUCCUCUUGGCACAUCACAUCAAAGGGAAUGUUUGCAGGCUCUUGCAUUGGUGUCAUUCUCCUUGCUAUCCUACUCGAAUUCCUGCGCCGUUCUGUUAAAGAGUACGACAACUACCUCGUCCGUAAGAAUGCCAGUCACAGCCUCGUUGUUUCUGUUGCUAGCAACGAUAACGAGAACGGUCGCACUUCACCAAAACCCGAUCAGACUUCUGCUGGAAAGCUACCCUCGGUCAAGCCUGUGGCUAGCAACGGCUAUAGACCCAAGCCCCUUGAACAGGCUGUCCGUGCCUUCCUCCACACUGCUCAGUUUGUUGUGGCAUAUUUCCUCAUGCUGCUUGCCAUGUACUACAAUGGUUAUAUCAUCAUCUGCAUCUUCAUUGGUGCCUACAUCGGCAGCUUCAUCUUUCAAUGGGAGAAACUUGGCGGUGGACAACAGACAAGUGCUGCUAAGGAAGCCACUUUUCGCAAGGGUUAUGUGAAUGAGGUCAAAUACGAGGAGUUGGUUUUAACGAUAACGCGAUAUACCACUUUGCAUUACACUGGCGGUUAG